AUCCAAAUAUUCAUACUUCCAAAUCCUCCCUUUCUAUACACUCUCUGACAUAUCAUUUUAUACCAAAUGGCUCGUACUAAGCAGACGGCGAGGAAAUCAACCGGAGGAAAGGCUCCGAGGAAGCAGCUGGCCACCAAGGCAGCUAGGAAGUCGGCUCCGGCAACCGGAGGAGUGAAGAAGCCACACAGAUUUAGGCCUGGAACCGUUGCUUUGAGAGAAAUCAGAAAGUAUCAGAAGAGCACGGAAUUGUUGAUCAGAAAAUUACCUUUCCAGAGGCUUGUGAGGGAAAUCGCACAGGAUUUCAAAACGGAUCUGCGAUUUCAGAGCUCUGCGGUUGCUGCACUUCAGGAGGCGGCUGAGGCGUACUUAGUUGGACUCUUUGAGGAUACUAAUCUCUGUGCGAUUCAUGCUAAGAGAGUCACUAUUAUGCCUAAGGAUAUUCAACUUGCUCGUAGGAUCCGUGGGGAGAGAGCAUAGGCUUGACGAUUUGAUCUGGUACGGUGUUCUUCGUAUGUUUCAGAAUCGUGUUAGGUAUUUGCUCGUAUUCCAUUUUUCUGUUCCUAGAAUUGUGUUAGGUUUUGCGAUUUCUAUCUGCGGUUGCUGUAAAGUGAUGUAUCUCAAUGGAUUUUAAUAAUCCAAUCUGAUAGAGUACUUAUUUCUCUUGAUGUUUUGGAUCA